AUGACAGAGGAGGAUAUUAUUCGUUAUAAUGAUAUUUCUAAAGAAUGCCUUACAGCAAGUCAAGAAUUACUAGAUGCUGUUAAAAUUUUUUCUGAAGAAUAUCUUAAGAAUCAUGAUAUGACAUUGUAUAUUUGCGAGAUGCUCCAUUUAAUGACGAUAAUGGCUGAUGGUAAUUCAAUUAAAAGUACUGAUAGUGUAGACCGUUUACUUCAUCUUAGAGUUAUUCUUGAAAAAAUACGUCCCAUUGAAAAUAAGAUGCGUUCUCAAAUUGACACACUUAUUGCUCCUAAAGUAGAUAAUAUUAAUAAAGAAGAAACAGUAAAAGCAAGACCUAAUAUGUUAGUUCUUAGUGAUGAGUCUGAGGAUAGUGAUGAAGAGACAGGAGAAGUUAAAAAGUACAAGGCUCCAAAGAUUAUGCCAGCAAAAUAUACUGAAGAAGAUGAAGACAAAGAAGAACGUGAAAUGAAAAAAGCCAAACAACGUGCAUUACAAAGUUCUCUGUUAUCAGAGUUACGUUCACAAUACUCAAAUGCUCCUGAAGAGAUAACUGAAAGAUAUGACAAUGAUAAAAUGUUAAAAAAACAAAAGGAAAUAGAAAAUUAUGAAAAUUCUAAUUUCAGAAGACUAAGUAAUAAAAAAGUAGCUUCUUUACGACAAAGUAAACAAUCAGAUGUACUAGAUAAAUUACUUGAAUUUGGUGAUUACAUGGGUGUUAAAGAAGGUCCAAUGACAAGAAAAAGAAAGGGCAAUCGAAAGAGUAAUGGAGUCAAAAGCAUAGACACCUCUAGAGAUAUUCAUUGUUAA